AUGGCAAGCUACAGAGGAGUUGAGGAUGUCUCGCCGCGGCGCGACCCGGCCCUAGUCAAGGGCGGGCAGGCGUCUUCGGAGGGCGCACAGGGAAGCAGCCAGUACCCAAUGAGCAUAAACUAUGGAGGUGAGGGCGUAGAGGCCCAGGACUACGAGGCAUCGCAACCUCCCGGCGUCACCGUAUACCUCGAAGCCACGGAAUCGUACGGUAAGGAUACCGUGAGUCCCGUUGGCGACGACGAAGAUGGGGGGAUACACGCCCCCUCGAGUUCCGUGAUGUACGACUAUGGAACGGACUACGCCGCCAACCAGCCUAUGGCGGUGCCGCGGUACGACAUGGGGCUGGUUGAUGCCUACGACCAAUCACCAGCGGGCAACCAGAUGACGCCCGCAAUGACAAAUAACAUGUCUGGAGGAAUGCCCGGGGCCAUGUAUCCGAGCAUGGCCAACGGCGAGGCGGCCAUGGACCCAAUGAAUGCCCAGUACUGGUACGGGAGCAAUUCAAUCGAGCAGCCCAUGGUAUCACCAUCUUGUGAUGUUACAAUGUUCCACAAACCGAUGACUACGCGGUACGACAACUACCGCUACGCCUACCCAUCAUACUACCCGCAAAAUGGACAGUCUUACUCUCCGUACGGAUCAGACCAAACUCUGCCAUAUCCCGGCAAUUACGGUAUGCAAGAAGAAGCCUACUCGCCUGGAAAACAACCCUUUAGCCCCAGGCGGGCGGUCAGCACGGGUGCGCUACCCGCACCGUCCAAAACCUCUCCGAUGAACUCCUACCAGGUGUCGCCAGAUCGGGCGGCAAUGCGAGGAUGGAACACGCAAGGCUAUUCGGAGAGUAUGGAUCAGAACACCAUGCAGAACAUACCCAUGAUCAACCAGCCGACGCCCGAACAGCAAUCGAUGCAGAUGCCUGCCAGGUUCGGCCCAGACGCGUUUUACGGCGAACUCUCCAAGAGGCUGCAGCAGGAGAUGAAGACAAAGAGACAGGGGUCGUGCGGACGCCCGAGGAGCACCCGGCACAACUACGUAUGCGCCAUGUGUAACGCACGGACAACCCCGCAAUGGCGAUACAUUAAGGGAACCUCGGUUUGCAACGCCUGCUACAUGCGCAUACGCAAGCAGAAGCUCAAGCAAAAGGCGCUUGAGAAGGAGGAGGGUUAUAUCUUCGAGUCCGACAGCUCCGAAGUGCAGACCCCAAGCGAUGGGCGCAUGUCCAAUUCGGCAGGCGCGCCCAGAGGGAGGCGUACAGCCCACGGCUAA